GUGUGGCCUGUUAAGUUGGCGACCAGCCGACGUGCAACGCGUCACGGCAGUGGGCUGUGCAGCAGUACGAGACCCUUAUGACUUCAUCCACUGAUACGCAUCCGCAGCUGUAAAUAAGCAGUGUAACUUGCUCAAAAGUGCCGAGUUGGUAGAUUCCUUUCCCUAGUUUUCCACUGACCAUGAUUGACAACAAACCUUUCUUUCCGGAUGACCUUACGCCAGCAGAAGCGCCUCCUUCAUACGAUGCUAGUACGAGUACGAACGUCCCGACAAGCGUCGAUUCGAAGAACCGACCAGUAAAUGCUAUCGCCGGCCCUUCUUCAAGCCGACCUCCUGUCACUUCUCCUACCACCCAAAGAGCCUUCCAUGGGAGCCUGGCAGCCCAAUCAUCUAAUUUCCCGUACAGCACUUUCAGCUGGUUCUCUUCUCGCUCCACUAGAGAAACCAAAUCCACCAUAACAUCCCUCAUCCGAGACCUUGUCCGGCCCCCAAAUUCAUCCUUGGCAUGCAACGAAAUCCUCUCCAGCUGCGCCGAAGCUUGCACUUCCUAUUCCCUAUCCCUCUCCUCCAUCCUGCAGGAAAAGUUCUGCGAAGGCCACACACCUUUAUAUUGGGCGAUCAUAAACAAGCCACGGCAGACGGAGGAGGAGAGCGAAGAGCUCCUUUCGGCUCUUUUACGCUACUCCGUACCUCUGACGCCCUCGACGAUAUCCGAGCUCCGUCUAGCAUGUCUCGUCACCUCAGACCAAGAUCUUUUCCGACACCUCCGGCGCGAGCUGAAUCCCCUCUCAGGGACAGACGACAUGCUCCUAGGAACGACGGGCAGUGACGACGUACGCGUAGUAGACACCAACGCCACCGAGGGUGUAUUCGCUGCAGAGAUCGAGAUCAGCCAGUUUCAGAAGCGUAUGCGUGUAGGAAAAGAGGUGGAGGUAGAAUUUAUUGCCCAAGCGCGAUUGUGGCGGCUUUCUUUCUUUGUGAUGUCCCGGGACAGGCCUCGUAGUCCUCGACGAGGUUCGUGGUGUGUCGGGCUGUCCUUGAUGGAGAAUAGUCCGCCGACAUGGGUUGAUUCGAGGUUGAUUAUCCAAGAUCAGCCUGCCCAGGACGUACUAGACGAGGAGCAAUCAAAGCCGAAACCAACAAUUUCCCUAAGAAUGAAGUCCCCGGCGGAGUUGGUCCCAACGAAUACUUUCGCCCAUGCCCGCCAGACAAAACAAAUAGUUGUGUCACUGGAAGAAAGUAUUAUGGGUCAAACACUGCAGUUCGGGGGAACGUCGUACAUAGCUAAUGACGAAGUUCUGCGCGCGCGAUUGGAAGCACGUUUAUGCAAACCAGGACCCGAAUGUGUUAUCAUGUGAAAGCACCUCCCGAAAAUAUAUUACCCGAAAUAAUCAACAACAUUUCUAAGCUUAUGAUGAUCCUUUACCUCGUCAAAUUCACCCAUCCUUACAUCAAUAAUCUGUUGCGUAAACGAACUAGAAGGAGGGAAGUCAGACGCGCUAUCUAUUCAUCAAGAAAUUUCCACCUCACCUCCUCCGACCACAUCCCUUAGCCGCACUCAGAAAGAAACUCGCUUUGAUUCCUAUCACCUUAUCCAGGAUCCCCAACACACCACUAUCUGUCAUCAAACGGUUGCUGCCUUCUAAUCUCUCCGCCAGCUCCACGAUUUCAAACCCAUGCAAGUCGCCACCGUCAUCAAAUGCCUCGAGUAAUAUGUCGACAGCCUCAUUAUGCCAAU